AUGAGCAGUUCAGAAGAAGUGUCAUGGAUUACAUGGUUUUGUGGACUUCGAGGGAAUGAAUUCUUUUGUGAGGUAGAUGAAGAGUAUAUUCAAGAUAAAUUCAAUUUAACUGGUCUUAAUGAACAAGUACCGCAUUAUCGUCAAGCAUUGGAUAUGAUUCUGGAUUUAGAGCCUGAUGAUGACUUCGAAGACAACCCAAAUCAAUCAGAUUUGGUUGAACAGGCAGCUGAAAUGCUAUAUGGAUUAAUUCAUGCGCGUUAUAUUCUUACAAAUCGUGGAAUUCAACAAAUGAUUGAUAAAUGGCAUGAUCAUGAUUUUGGUGUCUGCCCUCGUGUUUAUUGCGAGAACCAACCGAUGCUUCCAAUAGGUCUUUCCGAUGUACCAGGAGAAUCCAUGGUUAAACUUUACUGUCCUCGUUGCUGUGAUGUUUAUGUUCCAAAAUCAUCAAAGCACCAGAAUACUGAUGGUUCUUAUUUUGGUACGGGAUUCCCUCACAUGCUAUUUUUCGUACAUCCAGAAGAACGCCCAAAACGACCAGUAACAAGUUUUGUUCCACGAUUGUAUGGGUUCAAAAUCCAUCCAAGUGCAUACGCUUUGCAACACCAACAGUCUCAGUGCAAUGGAAAUGUUGGCAACGGUUCGCCAUCAGUCAAUAUAUCAUCUUUCACUGCUAAAUGA